AUUAGAGCUUUUCCCGGUCCACAUAGCUAUUGAAUUGUGGAAACAUCAAUUUUCCAACAAUAGAAUUUUGUUUUACAUUGACAAUAUGGCGGUGGUACAUGUCAUAAACUCGACAACAUCAAAGUCACAAAGGGUCAUGAAAAUUGUAAGAAAACUAGUUCUCACUUGUCUCAAACACAAUAUUUUGAUUAAAGCAAAACACAUACCUUCAAAAUCAAAUUUUAUUGCGGAUUCUAUCUCUCGUUCACAGUGGGGCAAAUUCCGACGGCUAGCACCGGCAGCAGAUCCAUGGCCAACACCGCUUCCCAAGAAUAUGUGGGAAAUUUAACAAGGGAGGCAAACAGACUUAUACAGGGUUCACUAUCAGCAAACACAUACAAAGCUUACCAGGGGGCUCUCACCAACUUCAAAAAAUUCCUGAAUAAUUGUGGGACCACAUUGUAUUUCCCCAUUCCUGUUGAUCAUUUGCUUAAUUUCAUUGCCCACCUUUCUAUUUCAGGUACAGCUUAUAGAACAGCUGCACUGUACAUUAGCGCAUUAUCAUAUAUCCAUAAAUUAAGAGGCAUACAAGAUAACACACAAUCAUUCAUUGUCAAAAAAGCCUUGCAGGGUCUCCACAAAAAGAGAGGUAUCACUUUAGAUUCUCGAAUCCCAUUAACUGUAUCUAUCUUGGAGCAUGUAGUAUCAGCAUUGCCGUCAGUGUGUAGAUCAUCCUACGAGGCAGUGUUAUUUUCCACACUUUUUUCAAUUGCAUAUCACGGCUUGCUUAGAGUAAGUGAAGUUUUGAAUAUCCAUAGGGCACACAUCACGUUUACUAGAAGCAAGGUCAGCAUCUUAAUUCCCAGGUCCAAAACUGACCAAAUGGGAAAUACAACAACAUUGCAUAUUUCCAAACAGUUAAAUUCGGAUAUUUGCCCAGUACAGUGGGCACUCAGGUUUUUGCAGCUGCGUCCUAAUGAUGGUUCCCUUUUAUGCUUUAUUCAUGUCGACAAUAAGGGUGUAACAAGAUACCAAUUCAACUAUGUGCUUCAAAAAGCACUUCAAUUCAGGAACAUUCAAGGACACUUUAGACCACAUAGUUUUAGAAUAGGCAGGGCUACAGAUCUUGCAAAACAGGGGUUUCCAGAUUCAGAAAUAAAAUCUUUGGGCCGGUGGGAGUCAAAAGCUUUCAGAAACUACAUAAGAUUAUAACAUGUUAGCAUUGUUAAAUGGAAUACAGGCUAAUUUUGCCAAAGUAUUCCAGGUUUCAAGACGAUUUGGAUAGUGGGAUCUUCAAUACCUUAUUGGGCUGGUGAGGAGGCAGGGAGGAGACCGGGUGGAAAGAAUCUUAAUCUUGGGAUGGACAUCACUUGGAAGGGAAUUAAAGGGCUGAAAUGGGAAGAUCUUGACAAAGUGUUAACAGAUGAACUCAAACACCAACCACACCCAGAUGUACUAGUCAUUCACGCAGGGUCAAAUGAUCUAACUACGGCUGGCAAUACUGCACUUAGAUUUUCACAUGAAAUUCAAUGUAGUUUGUAUCGUUAUAAUGUAUUGCUUCCUAAGACUUUGCUCAUUUGGUCAACAAUGCUUCCCCGUCUUUAUUGGCAUGGUGCACCUCUUGGCAAGGGUGGGGCUAAGAUUGAUUUAAAACGGCGUAAGGUGAAUAAGGCCAUUAGAAAAUUCAUUACAUCCGAAGUUAAUGGGGCUUGCAUUUUUCAUGACAAAAAUAUCAACGUUCAUCAAAGCAGUUUAUUUAGAUAUGAUGGAACUCAUUUAUCGGAAAGGGGGAAUAAGGCUUAUUUAAAUAAUAUCCAGGGUGGUUUGGAAUUCAUUUUAGGGGGAAAGGGCAAAAUUUUCCCUCCUCAGUAAUGCCCUUUGUUUAUCUAGUCAGAUUUCAGUUGCGAUGACGCGAUGACCUGUAAUUUCCUAGUUUAGGAUUGCUAUAUAUAUAAAUAUUAAGUUUGGUGCAAAUUGUUGUGGGGAACAUCAUAUCGAUGUUAGUGGCGGGGUCAAGGGAGACAUCAGCCUUGUACACGCUUAACCUGUUUGUCUCUGCCCAUCUGCAUCAAAGCAUGAGGGGAAUAUCAUGGCUGUGUUUUAACAUGGAAGUUAAAUGCCAUUGAGGAAAUGUGUAGAAUAAAUGUAAAUUGCUUGGGAUCUGCAGCAUUUCAGUGCUCAGACCCCCUCUACCUAUAUAAAAGUAGGAGAGGCUACAGGCUGGUUGGUGUUAAAAUUCUAAACCAGGUAGCAAGCCAGAGGCAGGGUGUAAAAGCUGUGCAGCUUGUGUGCCUAGCCAUCAUGCGUGUGUCAGGCAUGGGGUUCCAUGGCACUCGCAUCUAAGCGAGGCCACUAGUUUGCCCGUUUGUUUAUGGUAUCCUAGUUGUCUCCCUUGACUCCUACAAAAUUUGCGGCCAUUUUCAUCCAACAUUGUGUGUGUUGUAUUAUUAUGAUCUUUUUUCUCAAUAAAUUAGUAAAGUUACAAUUGGUGUUUUCAAUUCUCAGAGCUGUCUGGAAGACAGUCUCAGUAUAAUGGUAUUGAAAAGGCAGAAAAAGCAAAAAAUAUCAUGGGCUGCAAUAUUCAAUUAAUAUAGAUUAUUGAAAUGAAUAUGAGAUAAUCUCAUUUAAUUGUUUGGAUAGCAUUAAACAUAAGACACAACUUGGUACAAGUUAUCUAGUUCAUGGGAAAGUCAGCAUCAGGAUGAGUUAACUAUUAUAGCAACUUCCUCUUCCUCUUCAACAUCUCAGCCAUUUGGUCAUUAGUAAAAGUUACCCACCCACCACUCCCAAUUUAAAAAAAAAAAUGUAUAUAUAUAUAUAUAUUAUUAUCAUGUAACUGUUUUUUCUUUGAUCACUUAAAUCUGUGCCAAGUAUUUUAUAUUUUUAGGUAGAUUUCAUGCUGUGGACUCAAUCAAGCUAAGCUUGUUCUUUCAAUACUUAGGACUUCUCAAGUGAUUAUUGUGGCAGAUUCACAACCAAUGCCUAUUAAUUCAGGAAGAAGCUGGGAUUUUUAUUAAAAAAAAAAAAAAAAAAAAAAAGUGGACUUUACAUUAAGCAUAUCAAUAUAGUUCUUUUUUCUCUUAAUAUAAAAAUAAUAAUAAUAAAUUCAAUGUCGCAUUCAUUAAGGGGGAGGAGUCAGGGAAACAUUAAGGUAAACAAGAGUACAUGCUUAACCUGUUUGUCUCUGCCCAUCUGCAUCAAAGCAUGAGGGGAAUAUCAUGGCUGUGUUUUAACAUGGAAGUUAAAUGCCAUUGAGGAAAUGUGUAGAAUAAAUGUAAAUUGCUUGGGAUCUGCAGCAUUUCAGUGCUCAGACCCCCUCUACCUAUAUAAAAGUAGGAGAGGCUACAGGCUGGUUGGUGUUAAAAUUCUAAACCAGGUAGCAAGCCAGAGGCAGGGUGUAAAAGCUGUGCAGCUUGUGUGCCUAGCCAUCAUGCGUGUGUCAGGCAUGGGGUUCCAUGGCACUCGCAUCUAAGCGAGGCCACUAGUUUGCCCGUUUGUUUAUGGUAUCCUAGUUGUCUCCCUUGACUCCUACAAAAUUUGCGGCCAUUUUCAUCCAACAUUGUGUGUGUUGUAUUAUUAUGAUCUUGUUUCUCAAUAAAUUAGUAAAGUUACAA